AUGGGCGACGACGACACCGUCUUCUUCCCGGACAACCUGGUGGCCGUGCUGCGCAAGUACGACCACGAGGAGAUGUACUAUGUCGGGGCGCCGUCGGAGAGCGUGGAGCAGGACGUGAUGCACUCGUACGGCACGGCCUUCGGCGGCGGCGGGUUCGCGGUCAGCUACCCGGCCGCGGCCGCGCUCGCCGAGGCCAUCGACGGCUGCCUCGGCCGGUACAGGUUCUUCUUCGGCAGCGAUGAGCGAGCUCGGCGUGCCGCUCACCCGCGAGCCCGGCUUCCACCAGGUCAGACCGUCCUUCCUUAA